AUGGCUUCACUUUUUCGUUUGCUUAGCCGAGCAACUACAAAACUUCAAGCAGUUUUUAAAAAACAAUACAUUUUUAAUAAACACAAUACUUAUCUGCAAGAAUUUGUGUACAAAGGUAAUUUUCCCGUGGAAAAGCUUGGUCGGAAUUGCUUAUCAGUCGAAUUAACUCACGAAAGAGAUCGGUGCAAGAAACCACGGCAAAAUCUGUCGCUUUUCGGUCUACUUACAGCUGGAGUGUUUUCACUAGCGCUUACCAACCACACUGUAGAGGCAGGGAAAAAUGAUGAAACACCUGAGGCUAAAAACUGUACAGCUUCCUUCAGAAAAAAAGGUAAAUUUUCGACGAAGGAAAGUACACAAACACGAACCGAAAAAUUACAAAAAAUGAACGCUGGUCUAGCAAAACGAAAACUAUGCUUUGAGAAUUUGGACGACAGCACAGAGGAACAGGAUAUAUGUAAAAAGAAAAGGAUGACACGUAGUAUGGAGGUGAAAAUUUAUACAGUAAAUUACUAAAUUAAUAUUUUAAUAUGCUUUGAUGCUACUCUGAGUGUGUAUCCACACCGGGCAGGCUUGAAAAAUAUGCCUGGCCACGGUGGGAAUUUUUCAAGGCCAUUUUGAAGGCCUGGCAAGGGAAUUUUGCCAGGCAUAUUUUUCAAGCCUGCCCGGUGUGGAUACACACUCAGAGUAACAUCAAAGCAUCGUAUUCACCUGAGUACACUACACCAACACAACAAAUAUCAUAAUAUUUUAAUGUUCAUGCAUGCCAUCAGGCAUCAUCCACAUGUCUGCUAAGAUGACUAAAUUAUACUUACAGCUACUAGUAUAAUAAAAAAUAAUGACCAAGUUAUCAUUUAUAGAAACAUGCAAAAAGCAUAGAAAUCCUGAGUGGCUGCAGAAUUGUGGAUUUGGACAUCCUUCAUAACACACUUUCAUCAUGCAAGCACUGUUUAAGAGGUGUGUUUGAAUUAUAUGAGUUUCAUAACAUAACAUUUCCACAUGAAUAACAUAACAAUUUGACUCAACCAAUGUUUUUCAUUACCGCAUGUGUAGGUCCUUUAUCACUUGACAAUGUUAUGCAGGAAAAAAGAAUUGGUCUAGCAAGUUGCCUAUAUGUAGAAUGUCAUUACUGUGGAAGGCCAAACAUAAUCAGCACUUCAGAUAAACACCGCACAGGAAAGCAUGGUCCAUUAACAUAUGAUAUAAAUUCUCGGGUAGCACUUGGUGCACUGCAUGUUGGAAUAGGUCAAACACAUGUUAACAAUUUCCUCACAUCCAUAAAUAUUCCACCUUUGAACAAUGUCACAUUCAAAAAGAGAGAACGGGAAGUUGGGCAUGCUAUUGAAUCACUUGCUUCAACCAGCUGUAAAGAAAAUCUACAAAAAGAAAAAGAAAAUGCAAUUUCAAAUAACAUACAGGCAGAUAGCAAUGGGCUGAUUGGGUUCCCAGUGUCAUAUGACAUGGGUUGGCAAAAACGGGGAAAGGGGCACAAUUCUCUGACAGGACAAGGCGCAGCCAUGGGACUGACAACAGGGAAUGUCCUAGCAUAUUCAACAAGGUGUAAACAAUGUAGAAUUUGUGAUCAUGCAAAGAAGGAGAGAAAAUCAGUAACACCACAACACACUGGGUCAUCUAAGUCAAUGGAAUCAAGUGUUGCCUGUGAGCUUUGGAAUGAUGCACCAAAAGACCAUGUGAAGUUCUCAACCUAUGUUGGUGAUGAUGACACAACAACACUGUCGCAUCUCACUGAAAAUGUUCCCUAUGGGGUGGAAAAAUGGUCAGACAUAAUACAUGCAAAAAGAUCACUUGCAACUAGGCUGUACAAUCUUUCAUCUAGCAGCAAAUUCCAAGACUCCUCUGUUUUAAGUCAAAAAGUAAUUAACUAUUUGACAAAGUGUUUUUCAUACUGCAUUGCACAAAACUCCAAUGCAGCUAAUUUGAAAUUGGCACUAAAAUGCAUUGUGCCUCAUGCUUUUAGUGAGCAUCAACUUUGCAAUGACUCUUGGUGUGGUUACAAGAAAGACCCGUCAACAUACAAACACCACAGUCUUCCAAAUG